AUGGAAGUGGUCGACUUCGCGUCCUUCCUGAAGAACGCCGUUGGAGCCCCAACUGAUGUGGACGCUAUCAGCACACUCCAGUCGUCAACGGCCAACCUCACAGAUGAGCAGGCCGCGAAAGAUGAGCUUGCGAUAGGAGCAGCUCUCGAGUCAGCUCUUCAGACGGGAACUAUACGCAACCGCCACACUCCCGUGCAACCCUGA